UUAGCUCACCUAGCUACCUUCCAGAGGAGUUACUUUACUCACGGGGUGUCAACUAACACGGAGUUCGCCUUUGCCCGAAGAAACUUUCAAGUGAAGAUAUUUAAAGACGUUUGUUUGACGCCGCCACUGCGAGACGUGGGGCGGGGUCUGACCUGCAGGAGCCUCUGUCCCGUGGCUCUGUCAGCGGUGAGCGCUCGGUUCUGCAGCUCCGAGCAGAAAACACAGCAGAGCUCAGCUCCAGAGAGAUCGACCUUCAGACCACCACCCGGCUCCACGUGCGACUGGAUCGGUCCGCCCAACCCUCUGUCAAACCUGCGGCCGAUCGUUUACCACGUCCCAGAGAACGAGUCGGAGCUGGAGAAACGUCUGAGGCACCUCAGGCAGGAGACGGAGGACUGGAACCAUGACUUCUGGACCCAACAGAACAUCUCCUUCAGCAAGGAAAAAGAUUCUUUCAUCGUGUCACAACUGAAGGCGAAAGACUUGACUGUGCGUGAUGAGCAAGGGCGCCGGCGGUCCCUCAACACCGAAGAGAUGGCGGAGUUUUACAAAAGCUUCCUGGACAAAAACAGAACGCGACACAUGAGUUACAACAAGGAAUGGUACAGACGAAACUUCACCAUCACUUUGCUCAUGGCCCGAGUCGCCCUGAACAACAUGUGGAGGACUGUUCGACACGGCAGGAAGAAAACCAGCUCUCCUGCUUCCUGAUAAUAAACUGUCUCCUCACACUC